AACGAUCGGACUCCUGAGCAGAAGCAGUCUGCGGUACCAUAGAGUGCAAUCCGCCGGGAGUAUAGAGGGGCAGAUCCCGCGCGAGACGGAGUAACUGCCGUCAGGCACAGGCUGGGAGGACUGGGUAUUCCUGUCUGUCUCUUCCUCCCCAAAGAUGGCGCAGACCGUGAACAUCACCGAUCUGUCCCUGCAGCAGCUGGAGGGGUUGAAGAGUCAGCUGGAUCAGGAAGUGGAGUUCUUGUCCACAUCUAUUGCUCAGCUGAAAGUGGUACAAACCAAGUAUGUAGAGGCCAAGGAAUGUCUAAACGUGUUAAAUAAAAGUAAUGAAGGGAAACAACUGCUUGUUCCUCUGACAAGUUCUAUGUAUGUGCCUGGCACACUAAGUGACGUGUCCAAUGUGCUAAUAGAUGUGGGUACUGGCUAUUACGUGGAGAAGACUGCUGAAGAUGCCAAAGAUUUCUUUAAGAGGAAGAUUGAUUUCCUUACAAAACAAAUGGAGAAGAUCCAGCCAGCUCUACAGGAAAAACAUGCCAUGAAACAAGCUGUUAUAGAAAUGAUGAGUAUAAAAAUUCAGAAGAUGACAGCGGCUCAAGCUGGCACAUCGAAGGCUUAGCGCAGUUUAUGGCGAGGGCUCCUCAGUAUCUCUACACAUCGCCUGUUAUCCCUGGCCCUAUAUGCUUGUGCAGUAAACCCCUUCACAACAACAGACAUCAGCGCAGAGACGAGUUACAGACUCUGACAGUUGUGCUUCCUCAGCCAAGGGGUUAAUUUAUUUUUUUCUUGUUUUAUUCUUAUUUUGUAUUCUAUAAAAGCGUUCAAAUAAAUCAAAUGAUUCAUGGUC